ACUCGUCGGUUCUCGUCUGUGUCGUCCAACACACUCUCUCUCUCUCUCCUCUCCCGCUAUUUAUUAAUAAACUUUCGAUUUACACAAGAAACAUUCUACAUAUAUCUACGUCCUCUCUCUCUCUCCCUCUCUCUCUCUCUCUCUCUCUCCUCUGAAUCUCUGAUCCACCCACACACCACUCUCCUCUGCUCCCCUGCGGAAGUAACCCUAGCGCUGGCACCGCUGUAUCGCCUGAAGCGCAAAUGGCAGGAGUUGGAGUGACGAUGGAGGUCGGAAACGACGGCGUUGCGGUCAUCACCAUCUCCAAUCCCCCUGUCAACGCCUUGGCCAUCCCGAUUGUCGAUGGAUUGAAAGAGAAGUUUGUGGAGGCCGCGAGUAGAGAGGACGUUAAAGCUAUUGUCCUGACCGGCAAAGGUGGGAAGUUUUCUGGUGGUUUCGACAUCAACGUUUUUGAAAAGGUUCACAAGACUGGAGAUAUUUCGAUUAUGCCGGAUGUAUCAGUUGAUCUUGUGGUUAAUACAAUUGAAGAUGGAAAGAAGCCUGUGGUUGCUGCCAUAGAAGGACUUGCACUUGGAGGUGGCUUAGAGUUGACAAUGGGAUGCCAUGCACGCAUAGCUGCACCAAAAGCUCAACUUGGCUUGCCAGAGCUGUCACUUGGUGUUUUGCCUGGGUUUGGAGGAACACAACGUCUUCCAAGGCUGCUUGGGUUGUCAAAGGCUGUUGAAAUGAUGCUGUUAUCUAAACCAAUUAUGUCUGAAGAAGGCAAGAAGUUGGGUCUUAUUGAUGCCUUAGUGUCUUCUGAAGAGUUGUUGAGGGUAUCUCGGCUGUGGGCUCUAGAUAUUGCAGCUAGACGCAAACCUUGGAUCCGUUCCCUUCAUAGGACAGACAAGCUUGGUUCUUUGUCUGAAUCGCGUGAGAUAUUGAAAGUUGCGAGACAACAAGCCAAACAAACCGCACCAAAUAUGCCUCAGCACCUGGCAUGCCUUGAUGUAAUUGAGGAAGGCAUUGUACAUGGAGGAUAUAAUGGGGUUUUGAAGGAAGCUCGAGUUUUUAAAGAGUUAGUCCUAUCUGAUACUUCGAGGGGCCUUGUACAUGUUUUUUUUGCCCAACGUGCAACAUCCAAGGUGCCGAAUGUUACUGAUAUCGGGCUCAAACCAAGGUCUGUAAAGAGAGUUGCUGUAAUCGGCGGGGGUCUGAUGGGCUCCGGCAUAGCCACAGCUCUGAUCCUCGGCAACAUAUAUGUUGUCCUAAAGGAAGUUAAUUCUGAAUAUCUACUGAGGGGAAUAAAAAUGGUAGAAGGAAACGUACGGGGCUUAGUGGCAAGAAAAAAGUUGGCACAGGACAAAGCAGAGAAAGCCCUCUCAAUGCUCAAAGGUGUAUUGGACUACUCAGAAUUUAGAAAUGUUGAUAUGGUCAUAGAGGCUGUCAUUGAAAAAGUUCCACUGAAACAAACUAUCUUCAGUGAUAUUGAGAAGGCCUGCCCUCCCCAUUGCAUUUUGGCCACAAAUACAUCUACUAUUGACCUCAAUGUAGUAGGAGAAAAGACCAGCUCUCAAGACCGCAUUGUUGGGGCACAUUUUUUCAGUCCUGCACAUGUGAUGCCUCUUCUGGAGAUUGUUAGGACAGAGAAGACUUCUGCACAAGUCAUUCUUGAUCUCAUGGCUGUUGGGAAAAUCAUAAAGAAAGUUCCUGUUGUAGUGGGAAACUGCACUGCCUUUGCUGUCAAUCGAACCUUCUUCCCCUACACACAAGGCUCUCAUCUUUUGCUAAAUCUAGGUGUGGAUGUGUUUAGAAUUGACAGGCUGAUCAGCCGUUUCGGUUUACCUAUGGGCCCAUUCCAGCUCCAAGACUUAGCUGGAUAUGGUGUAGCUCUUGCUGUUGGCAAGGAAUUAGGAGCUGCAUUUUCUGAUCGCUCAUUCCGGUCUCCUUUGGUUGAACUUCUAGUGAAAAGUGGGCGAAAUGGUAAAAACAAUGGAAAAGGCUACUACUUGUAUGAAAAGGGAAGCAAGCCAAAACCAGAUCCAUCAGUGCUUCCAAUAAUUGAGGAGUGUAGAAGGGUUACCAAUGUUAUGCCUGGUGGAAAGCCGAUCUCUGUUAGUGACAACGAAAUUGUAGAGAUGAUACUCUUUCCGGUGGUGAAUGAGGCAUGUCGUGUGAUGGAUGAAGGAGUUGUAGUACGAGCAUCAGACCUUGACAUUGCAUCUGUUCUUGGAAUGAGUUUCCCUUCUUACAGGGGGGGUAUUGUAUUUUGGGGUGAUACUGUUGGGCCUAACCAUAUCUACACAAGUCUGAAGAAAUGGUCAGAACUCUAUGGUAGCUUCUAUAAACCUUCAAGGUUUUUGGAAGAAAGGGCAACAAAAGGCAUACCGCUGAGUGCAGCUGCGUCAACAUCUCCAGGUUCAAGGUCACGGCUUUAGGCAAAUAUUCCUUCUUGGUCAAGACCUCAGGCAUAUUUGUUUCCGUGAAAAUCAAUUGUGCGCCAUUUUCUCUUUUUCUAAUUCACAUAUUUGGAAAAGCAAUAAGUGUCCUUUUUCACAAAAUGUGAAUGUUCCCCUUAAUUGUCUGUAUGUGUAAUGCACUAAUAAUGGACAAAUUAGGUGUUGAAUUAUUUUAUUUUUUUUUGGGUGCAACGGAAGUACGAAGCUCUUCAAUUCUGGGAGGUGUUUGCAAGCCUCAUAUUUUUACUUUUUAUACUUUUGGCUUUUUGGAUUACAACCAAAAUGUAUUAUGAAUCUAUAGUGUUUGGAAGAUAUAUGUAGAAUGCAUUUCGCUA